AAUUCUAUUAAUUCUUACAGCAUCGGCGUUGGAAAAAUCAUCUAUUGGAGAUCUUAAAAACCAAACAAAAAACCACAAAAUGUCAACAACUAUGUUUAUCUAUGCCGUGUGCCUGGCAUUGGUUGCGAAUUUCCUAACAGUGAGCGCCAUUCGGUGUCAUCAGUGCAACUCGCACGACAACGAUGACUGCGAUGGCCUGGUGGUGAACACUCCCCGUGCCCAGAGGGACAACCAGUACCUGACCGACUGCAUUCCUCCCAAUGGCAAGGAGGCCUUCUGCCGGAAAACGGUGAUCAAGUUCGAUCAGAACAAUGAGCACAGGAUUGAAAGGAGCUGCGGAUUUAUCCAGGAGAAGAUACAAAAUGCCUGUUUCACGGCCGACAACGAGGGCUACAAACAGAUCAUAUGCACCUGUGCCGAAGAGGGAUGCAACGGAGCCGACUCCUUGCUGGGAGCCCGCCAGGUGGGCUACAGUCUGGUUGCAUCCGUGGUCAGUCUGGCAGUGGCCACCAUUCUCAGACACUAAAUUAACUAAGCACCCGAUCAGCUUAACUCCUGUGCGUGCAUCCUGUAUCCUGCAUCCAAAAAGUACCUUAUCUUAACUGGUUAAACUAAGUCUUAAAUAUUUUGCACUAAGUCCUUUGAUGUUUGCCAUAAUUAGCUGUGUACACAUCCCAUCUGUCAACUGGCAACUUUUGUGUUUAGUCUCGUAUUUUGUGUUUUUAUUUAAUUUCUAUGAAAAUAUAAGCAUAAUAUUUAAAUUA